GCCUUGUGACGUCACUCGCAGGCGCCGUCAGGGCUCAAGGAGUGUAGCUCCCGGAGGCUUCUGGGUAGCGGAUUACCCCCGCCCCCCGCGCCGGCGCCUUCCUUUCCCUGCCUGACGCCGCCGAGGUCGCACGCGCGAGGCCCCUCCGCCGCCGCCGAGAUGCGCUACGUUGCCUCCUACCUGCUGGCCGCCCUCGGGGGCAAUGCCUCCCCCAGCGCCAAGGACAUCAAGAAGAUCCUGGACAGUGUGGGCAUCGAGGCGGACGACGACCGGCUCAACAAGGUGAUCAGCGAGCUGAACGGGAAGAACAUCGAAGAUGUCAUCGCCCAGGGUAUUGGCAAGCUGGCCAGCGUUCCCGCUGGAGGGGCUGUGGCGGUCUCCGCCGCCCCCGGGUCUGCAGCGCCUGCUGCUGGUUCUGCCCCAGCUGCAGCUGAGGAGAAGAAAGAUGAGAAGAAGGAGGAAUCAGAGGAGUCGGAUGACGACAUGGGAUUUGGCUUGUUUGAUUAGUCUCGUUCCCCUGCAAAUAAAGUCCUUUUUACAUACA